GGGGCAGUAGCACUUGCUCCAAGGAUCUGCCGGGAAACUCUACAACAGAUGCACGUGUUUACACAAGCCCUUCGGGAGCAGACAGCCUCCCCAGGGGGCGACUGAGGAGGCGGGGUGGGGGGGGGCUCUGAGGUAUGGGCCUUCCUGCUUGCCCUCCCACUCAUCCCCUAGGAUGUGACUGGGCUCUUCCUCAGCCCAUGGAACCUGCUACUCACCAAGCUCUGUCUGAUUUGCCUCAGUUAUUGCCACUGUGAGGUUGCUUGCCAGGGCCUUCCAUAGGCCUGGGAGGCUGUCUGCCACCUGGUGAAUGUCGUUCUGGAGAUCUCCCAGCCGGCGUUCCUGCUGCUCCACCAUGUCGCUGAUGUCUGCAUCCCGGUGGCCUGAAUACACAUGAGACAUAAGUGUCUAACUUCCCAGGCCUGGGCAGAACAUGAGGUGCAGAGAGGAAAUUUGGGGAUUGAAACAGGGAGCUGUGUCCUGAUGUCCUCUGAGCAGGAGCUUAGAAGCCUUGAACUCCAGAAGGGCAAAUGCAUGGCAAGUGAGCCCUCACCCUGCCCCCAAACCCACAGCAGACAUGACUUAUCCACCGUGGCACACUUUCCUCCUCAGUCGCAGGGGCACGGCUUCUCGACAUCAUUCUAGUCAGCCCUUGUCAAUGGAUAGGAGUUCACCUCAUGAUGAAACUUAUUCCCCAUCCCAACUAUGGCCCAGCCUUGAAAGCCUCACCAGUGGUGUCACUUGGUGGUUCUGCUGUGCUGAUCAUCACCAGGGACAGCAUGACUUCCUGGCCCUGGUUAGGGGGACUGUGGGGAGGCUUCUCCCAGGACAUGGGAGCUUAUGCAGUUCAGGGGGCAAGGAGGGUGCCGGAUGAAGCUGUCCUUCCCAGAAAGUGGGGUCAAGGGAAAGGGUGCGUGUGCUUGGCCAUCAGGCAAGUCACUGAGGGCCCUGGAACCUGGCUGCCUUGGUGUGGGGGCAGGGUGACACAGGGCCACAGAGGGACCCCUGCUGAUUCUGGGGACAUAGCUUCCCUGAAAUGGCACUACCCUAUCAGAGGAGAAGAGCCCUGGGCACAUGGGUUCUUUCUUCCCGCCUGUCCGUCCUGUUCCUUCCAGGAAAGCAGCAUACCAGGUUCAAAGUCAACUGGCCCAUCCCAAGGCUCCUGGAGGCUAUCACCUGGAUCUUCAGGCUCAGGAAUCGCCCUGGGGUCUGCAGAGAAGCAUCAGAUGUUGACACCAGAGGUCCAGGCCCUCCUUACCGUCUGACGGGGUCCCUGUCCUCAGCCUCUGCCCUCCAGACGCCAGGUGGCCUGGGGCUGUGUGGAUCGGAGAACCUGGUACUGGGGACCUGGGCCCAGGUCCCCAGCAGCCCCCAGCCCAGGGGCCCCCCGACGCUGAGCAGCAGUGUCAGGAUCAUCUUGGCUUGGGGCAGACUCAGCCUCUGUGGGUGACUCCAGAAACUACCAGCACUGGUGACGUUGUCUUCAAGUUAAGUCUCAGAAGGAAAAAAAAAGCACGGGGACAACAAAGAGAGGAAGUGGCCUGGGCCAGCCCACCCGUAAGAGGCAGCACUCGAGCCAGCUCCAGUCACUGUUCGCCCGGGGAGUCAGGCCCCCGUCCCUGCCCACAGCCAUGGACGUCUUCAAGAAGGGUUUCUCCAUCGCCAAGGAGGGUGUGGUGGGCGCCGUGGAGAAGACCAAGCAGGGGGUGACAGAGGCUGCUGAGAAGACCAAGGAGGGUGUCAUGUAUGUGGGAGCCAAGACCAAGGAAGGUGUUGUGCAGAGUGUGACCUCAGUGGCUGAGAAGACCAAGGAGCACGCCAACGCCGUGAGCGAGGCCGUGGUCUCCAGUGUCAACACCGUGGCCACCAAGACCGCAGAGGAAGUGGAGAACAUCGCGAUCACCUCCAGAGUGGUGCACAAGGUGAGACCUGGUCCCCAGCCCUGGCCCUCAGACCUGUCCCAUCCUUUCCCCUGGGCCCCGGGGAGGCCAGCUGGGGAGGAGGCACUAUCGCCCCACUGACAUACAGGGGAAUGGAGACUCAGGGGCCCUGGUCUGCGUUUGGUGUUGUCACAUCCAUUAAGUCCUGGAAUCCUCACGACCACCCCUGUGAGCAGAGCUGUGUGGGGCCCAGUUGGAAUGAGGCUCAAAACCACAUUCUCCUGACGGCGCUCAGCAUUUAGGAGACACCCCAUUCCACUAGCGAAAGCGGGGUCCUCAGGGCCCCGAGUGGUGACGGGCGGCCUCCCACGGGCAGUGGACACCAGCUCAGAGCUGCCAGGUCACCGCCAACCCAGUGUCCAGCCUCCCUCCGGGCGGGGCAGGGCCUCCUCCUCCAAGGAGCAGCAAGGAAGCAGCGCCCCCUGGUGACGGAAAAAGAGUGAGGUUCUGACCACACCCUCUGCCUCCACCUUUGCGAGCGUGCGUGUGUGCGUGCUUGUGCCUGGUGUGAGUGUGCCCGUGUGUGUGUGUGCGCGCGCACGCACGCGCGUCGGGCAACAGAGAGCACAGGAGCAGGGGAGCACUCCCAGGGGGUGGAGGCUGGCUGGGAGAACUGUCCCAGAACCCACCACAGAAAGACUCUGCUUGAAGCAUUUUACACCUACUAACUAAUUUCUUUGGCCCAAAAUCCCAUGAGACAGGGUGUGGAAAUGAGGCCCAGAGAGAUAUGGUAAUCGAGGUCCCAUGGCUAGUCUGAGUGAGCCUGCAAUUCUCUGGGCAGCCUGGGUCCCGAGACUGUGCUCUGAAAGGGAGACUCUGAGCAGGAGAUCGGGAGAUCAUGGUGGGAGCAUUGUGGGCAGGAGGUUUUCCUAUUCCAGAGAUGUGCCGUCUCAGCUCU